GAAGCCUCUGGCAGAGUGUUCGAUUUCACAUCUGCUCGAUCAUACAAGCUUACAGUGUUUAUGUGUAGUUUAAAGCCUGGCAGUUCAUUACAUAAUACAUAAACGUCAGAAACACAAUGUUAAUUUGUAUAAUCCGGGGUCUAUCGGGUGUGAUCACGCCAGACUUUUGACCAAUUGCAUGCAUGGCCGAUAAGCGCGCGGUUCGAUUCACCGCGCAGAAGUCACGCAACUCAAGAGGGAGAGAACUAUUGCAUAAUUCCCUUUCGAGUCAUUCACUCCGUAUUUCAAUGAGAAUCUUGAUUUUUCUUCGUUAUUUCGCUUGACAAAGUUUAGAAAAUGUUUGGAAUCCUAUCUUUACCUCGUGGUUCGUUUGAAAUCCUUGGUUUUUUUGUCGUUUUUCGUGUUCUGCACUCCUUGUUGACAAAUUAUGGACCGAUCCCUUCGUCUCUCGCAACUGCGAGCGCGAGGAACAUCUGGAUGUACAGAAAUAUAACUGUGUCAUUUGUUCACUCUUUCUUUUCUGCUUUUCUGUCAGUUUACUGCUUUUUUGACGAACCAGCAAUGUUGUCAGAUAUGUUUACUGCUUGGAGUGACACAGCGUUUGUGCUUGUAGUAAUGUCCACUGGUUAUUUUAUCCAUGACUUCUUUGAUAUGCUUAUUUAUGAUGCCAGGAAGUCCUUAGAUCUUCUCCUUCACCACAUUGUGGUAUGUAGUGCCUUUUUCAUCGCCAUCUUCAACAAGGCGUACAUAGCAUUUGCUGUAUGUUCUCUUUUGAUGGAGGUCAACAGUGUUUUCUUACAUUCGAGAAGAUUAAUGUGCUUUCAUGGAGUUAGCAAGAAAUCUCUGUUAUACCAGGUCAAUGGAAUAAUGCUGUUGUUAACAUUCAUCAACUUUCGAUUCCUUACCUCUGCAUGGAUGACAAAUUAUGUCAUACAACAUCGCAGUAUGGUACCAUUUUCGCAUUUCCUUUUUUCCACUGUUGGCAUGGCGUUAAUGACUGGGCUUAAUAUUCAAACAUUCAUGUCAUUAUGGCAAGCUGAUUUUAAACGUGAGCAAACUAAGUAAAGAGAUGACUAGCUCCUCUUCAAAAAUCAUGCAUUUUACAUAAUAGUAUUGUUAUUAUGCGUGAUCCAUGGUAAUUAUAUUUAAUAUUUAAUAAUACUUUUUAUUGUGUUCUACAAUCUUUGCCAAUGUAUUUCCUUGUGAGUGUGAGGAAUUGGUUAAAUGUCGCAGGAUUUAAGCAAGUUACUGACAGUACUUAGUAAGAGUUAUUGAACUCAUACUUGAACGAUGUUGAAUAAUUUAUGAAUAAUUACCCACACAGCAUUUGGGUAGAAAAUUACAUAUAUAAAGCUUGUUUCACAUACAUGUACAAUGUUAUUCAUAAAUGCAAUAUGAUUAGAGCUAUAUUUAUAAAUAAUUAUGACACAGAAACAGGAAAAAUAUUAUUUCAAAAGCUAAACAAUUUUAGCAUUUUAAUUUGUAAUGGUGAACUAUUCUUGUCAUACUCUAAUGCUAUUAUUUACAAUUCUUGAACUGCACUGAAUCUUUGAUAUAUUACAUACAUACAUACUUAUACUUUAUUUCCUCUUGAAUUUUAAGUAGCUAAAAUUAGCUAAUAUCUUUGAGAACAUAAAUAUAACAAAAUGCAAUACUUAUACAAUAAAUAUGCUAAAAAUAAUGAAAGAGAUUAACUAUGUACAUAAUAAAACUAUAGACAAGUUGCAAUGCUACUGAAAAGAGUCAUACUGUAAUAUCUUUUGUUUAAAGUCCGCAAAAGCAGAAGUUUUAAGCGAGUCCGGAAGAGAGUUCCAUAAUUUAGCAGCUAAAUAUGAAAAGGAAUGCAGACCGAAAGUUGUUGUUUUUGGAUCAGGGAGAGACAGAAUAUAAUUACCGCGUAAACUGUAGGUUGUAGAGUGCAAAGUAAACAUAUUACUUUAACUAACAUCUUGGAUAGUUAUUCAAAAAGAGACACGUAUAUAGUAUAACUAAAAAAUUUCGAAGGCGUCUAAUAUACAAAGGUUUUAAAUUAAUUGUGUUGUCCCAUACUAUCAUUAUUUUCUGUAUAUAUUUCUCCGAUAUUGCUCUCUGUUAGCUGUUUCAGUCUAAUGAAACCAUGAGUAGUUAAUGCCGGUGGCUCAGGCAACAAAGAUUUUUUAUCAGUCAGGUUUAUCCGUGUAGAACCUCGAAAGACUGGUUUUGUGGAAAUUUAAAAAAAAACUGUAAGUGCAAAAUAAAGUGAAAUGAAGUUGAA